AUGCGCACACGUCUCUGUGUCCGAGUGUGUGUGUGUGUGUGUGUGGCACUCGGAACUUGUUCGCCGGUACCCGACAACUACGUCGCGCAUCUUCUCCAUCCGCGUAUUUGCCCAAGCCACCGCUCACACGCACCACGAGUGAGCCUGCACCUGCCAGCGAAACCGCUAAGUGCCAACCCUUCGUUUCACAGCCACCUCUUCCACUGCUUCCGUUCCCCAUUCGAGUUCAUCCUGAUGCUCCGUCGCUGUGCGCCUCUGCUCAUCGGCGUCGAGGGCGACACCUUCGUCUCGGCCAUCAAGGACAAGCAAUACCUCGCCCACCGCCUCGCCAUUCUCGGCAAGGAAGACCCUAACUUCAAGGCGCAGUGCAUGUCGGACGAUGAUAUCAAGCGCUUCACAACGUCGCUCGGGUCGGCCGAGUCACUCUUCAACAAGCAGGCCGGCGCCAUCCCUACCAACGUCGUGGACGAAGAGACUGGCCGCGUGAUUGGCAGCACCCAGCCAGACCCGACGCGCUACGGGGACUGGGAGGUGAAUGGGCGCUGCUACGACUUCUGA